CUCGGCCUCCCAUAUCGGCUUCCGCCGCCGAUGACGGCUUGACUGCCAUGGCCUUCCCCUCCAUCUUCACGGACAAGCUGGGCACCAACUACGCUCCGAAUGACCAGGAAUCCUCGCAGAUCCGGGACCUCCUCCUCGCGCCGUCCGCCAAGAUAGCGCAAAUCGACCUCGAGAUCGCCGCACUCUCCGUCCGGCGCAGCGAGCUCGCGCGCCUCGUCGCCGCGCACGCGGCGCUGCUGUCGCCCAUCCGGCGCCUCCCACCGGACGUGCUGCGCGAGAUCUUCCUGUGGUGCCUCCCCACGAGCCACCACCCGACGAUGAGCGUGCGCCAUGCGCCGCUGCUGCUCGGCCGCGUGUGCGGCCUGUGGCGCGAGGUCGCGCUCGCGACGCCGCGCCUGUGGGCGCGCGUGCACAUCGUCGAGCCGCGGAUGGACACGGCGUCGCAGCGCCUCGUCGACGGGUGCCUGCAGCUCACGGAGAUGUGGCUCGCGCGGUCGGGUGUGCUGCCGCUCGAGAUCUCGUUCCACCGCAGUCCGCCCCGGCCGCGCGGGCCCGCGAUUCUGUCGCAGUUUCCGGGUGGUGGCGGUGUUGUUGGUGGUGGUGGGGGCGGUGCUGGUAGUGCAGUGAAGGAGCCGUCCGCCGGCUGCUCGGUGUUUAUGGACACAGUGCUCGGUGUGAAGACGCGGUGGAAGAACCUCGUGCUGUCGGGCUGCACGCAGAGUCCGCUGCCGGUAUCCGCGUGCGAUGUGCCCAGGCUGGAGUCGCUCGAGAUCGCCGAGUUCUGUGUGACGGGGGAGCAGCCGGCGGCGUCCCAUGCGGUGUUCUCUGCGCCCAAUCUGCGCAAGCUGACGCUGGCCACGCGUCUCGAUCCGACGACCCUUCCUAUACCCUGGGCGCAACUCACCUCGCUCCACCUCGCUCCUAUCUACUCGCAGAAUCUCGAGCAGGCGUGGUCGCUGUCGAGCUCGAUGGUUAUCUACAUCCUGUCGAUGAUGUUCAAUCUGCGCGAAUGCACGCUGCAGAUGACGCUCGAGAACGGCGAAAUGGACACCGAGGAGUCCCCGCCGCCCGUCCACCUUCCGCUCCUCCGGUCACUAAAACUCACCCUCUCCCUGCGGGGGAUGACGGGCAGGAACACGGACCCGCUCACUCGACUGGUGUUGCCGGGUCUCACGACGUUUGUGUUCCUCGGGUACACACUGAAUGUGCUCAGCUUCCCGCUUGCGACCAGCCUCAUCAGCAAAUCGACGAAACUGUCUGACGUCGAGAUCGAGACGAUGCUGUUCGACAGAUCCUCGCUCACGGAGUUCCUGGAGAUCCUCCCGCCGACGACGAAGCGGCUGUGCAUGCGGCAGAGCGUGCUGGGCCGCGGCGCGCCGUCGUCCGUGGACGGAGAUGUGCUCCGGCUGCUCUCUACGCCAGUUCUAUCACCGGAGGACAGUUCCGACGAAGGCGAUGACGACGACGAUGACGACGACGACGAGGCCGACGACGAUGAUGAUGCCGAUGGGCGUGGGCAGUCGAGUCACAGCGUCCCUCCGAUCCCGCUCCCGUACCUGGAAUCGAUCGAGUUCCUGCACGCAUGCGACUUCUCGGACGACGAGCUCCUCCAGUUCAUCCUCCCGCGCGUGCGGAACGCGCCGUGCGCCCUGCGGCGCGUGAACGUCGUGUUCUUCCGGCUGCAGGAGGUGGACAUCAUGGAGCCGCUGCGGGAGUACGUCGACGGGCUCGGGCUGAAGAUGAAGCUUGACUAUAUCAAGCAGCAGUCCGGGUGGCAUCCGAAGCAGGGGCUGCAGCAGAUGGGGUCGAGGAGACCGUGGUAUGGGACUGCCGUGGAUCUAUUCGAUUGACGUGCGGGCGAGUUCCCGGGAUUCGGAAUUCACGGUUGUAUUCAAAUGUGUAUAUAUGCCAGACCUUAUAUCUUAUCCAUGCACUUCCAUUAGCUCCUCUUUCCUUUGUACGCUAGAAAAUUAUCUGCGCCGGGCAACGUAGCUAGAGCAUUCCCGUCGAUGAUCCAGAUGCGGGGGACGGACACUGUGUACCGGUGGCUUCCAAACGAGCGAUCGCAACCAGUUGUCCGAGACGUAGAUUUGUGGUAUAACUGAAAAGACCUUGGGGUGCAUCUCUGUCGGUUUGCGUUCAAACGUAUUGAUUGAUGUGCCCAUGGGAGGAAAGGAUCAAUCUGCACUACGGUGCGUCCCGAGCCUGACACAGAGCCCGAAAGUCUCCGACUGUUUCUCAAGGAAGCGGAAUUGAUGUCCG